AUGAAUUCAAAAUCAUUGGUGACACAGAACACGCCGUUUCUGGAGUCACAUUUUGCCAAGCAGCCAAGACCAAGUAAAUUCGAGAUUUGGAAACUGGCUCUACAGACAAGUUUGCCAGAGCACAAAAUCAGAAGUUGGUAUGCUAACCGGAGACGACGACAGAAGGAAUACGAGAUGGGUAAAAGAAAGCAGAGAGCACCGCAACAGGCUGGAUUACCAGUACAAACUGAAGCUUAUUCGGCAAAUAUCUUGUUGGUGAAAGUUUUACUAGCUAUUGUUGGAGAAUUGUUCAGAUCUUCAAACAUACAAGCUGUUCCACAGAUUAUACCUGGUUACUAUCAUCCAUUAGCAAAUUCACAUGCUGCCCAACUGGCUAAUUCUUAUGCUUUCCAACAAACUCAGCAGCCGAUGAUCAAUUCAAACAAUGUGAUAACCAUUCAACCAUCAGCUCGCCUCAUCAAAACAUUUGAUAUUGAUUCACUUCUCUCAAAGAAAUAG